AUGACUACAACAUCCAGCAAGGCGCUGUACGUCGACGAAGACGGACAAAUCCAGAUUCGAAACAAUAUCAAACACGAAGAAACUGCGGCCAACGAGAUAGUGGUAGAAGUGAGAUACUUAGGUGUCAACCCGGCAGACGCCAAACACUCACAGCUUGGCAUCCGUUCGACAGUCAGUGGUUACGACUUCUGCGGCACUGUUGUAUCAACACCUACCGGAUCGCGCUUCAAGAAGGGAACCACCGUGGCUGGCUAUACACCCUCGGGCAUUGGCCGACCCCUGAAGUACGGCGUACACCAACGCCGUGUUGCGUGCCCAGAAGACAUGGUAUUCGAAGUGCCGUCCAAUCUCCCGGAGAGCCACGCCGCAGCGCUGACAGUAGUGGCAAUGACGGCUGCAGACGCGGUAUUCAAUCUGUUCCAGUUCCCUUUGCCUACCGCUCCAGUGGUCUGCACACAACCAGUCCUGGUUUGGGGUGCUUCUUCUAGCGUCGGCUUCAGCGCCGUCCAGUUCCUGCGUGCCAGUGGGUGCAAGAACAUAUUGGUGACUGCUUCGCCGGCCCGGCAUGAGCUACUGAAGAAGAUCGGGGCAACGCUUGUUUUCGAUUACGCUUCGCCGACGGUUGUGUUUGAUAUUGCCGCUGCGGUGGAGGCUCUUGGUGAGGGCCCGAUCGCUCAUGCCCUGGACGCGGUCGGUGCUUCGUCUUCAGCGGACCUGGUCAUACGAAGUGUGAAUAAUCCUUCCGCGACUUUGGUUUCUGUGACCAAAUUCGAUGGGGGGUUCCGCAUGCCCGUUGCGUACACGAAAGACAGCUGGCGCAUCCAGCCACCUGGUGUUCCGCAUAUAAUCGAGACUCCUGCCAGACCGGAAGACCAUUGGCAUGCCUGGAAAGCAUUGCAAUGGGCCGUGGAGAACUACGGCGACCGCUUCGAGCUCCCAAAUGUAGAAGUUUUUCAAGGCACUGCUGAAGACGCGUUGCAGCAGGUUGUCAAAGUUGGUGGAUUUGGAAGAGGGUUUGGAAAACUAGUCAUCCAACAGCCCCUGCUGUGA